CUGCCAUGAACCAAGCCGAAUCUUCAGCCAGCGCUGCCCGCAAUGGACUCAAGGCCCAUACGGCGGGCGCUCCCCCCGACUACGAGCUCCCUUGGGUGGAGAAAUAUCGUCCGAUCUUUCUAGAUGAUAUUGUGGGAAACACAGAAACAAUUGAACGGUUGAAGAUCAUCGCUAAAGAUGGAAAUAUGCCACACGUUAUCAUUUCUGGCAUGCCCGGUAUCGGAAAGACAACCUCGAUUUUGUGCUUAGCAAGACAGCUACUGGGAGAGGCGUAUAAGGAAGCCGUGCUUGAGUUGAACGCCAGUGAUGAAAGAGGUAUCGAUGUUGUGCGAAACCGUAUCAAGGGCUUCGCCCAGAAGAAAGUUACACUGCCCCCGGGUCGCCAUAAGAUUGUUAUCCUGGACGAGGCAGAUAGUAUGACGUCUGGCGCCCAGCAGGCGCUGCGACGUACCAUGGAGAUUUACUCAUCUACAACUCGAUUUGCCUUCGCGUGCAACCAGUCGAACAAAAUCAUCGAGCCCAUUCAAUCACGAUGCGCCAUUCUUCGCUACGCCCGAUUGACGGACGCUCAGGUUGUAAAGCGAUUGAAGCAGGUGUGCGAUGCUGAAAAGGUGGAGCAUAACGAGGAAGGAAUUGCCGCGUUGGUAUUCAGCGCUGAAGGGGACAUGCGUCAGGCCAUAAACAACCUCCAGAGUACAUGGUCAGGCUUUGGCUUCGUUAGCGGUGACAAUGUCUUUAGAGUGGUUGAUAGUCCACAUCCCAUCAAGGUUCAAGCCAUGAUCAAGGCUUGCUGGGAAGGCAAAGUUGACGUAGCACUCGAUACACUGAACGAUCUAUGGGAUUUGGGAUACUCCUCCCAUGAUAUCAUCAGUACCAUGUUUCGAGUGACCAAGACAAUCCCGACCCUAUCGGAGCACUCCAAACUCGAAUUUAUUCGUGAGAUUGGCUUUACACACAUGCGUAUCUUGGACGGCGUACAGUCUCUACUGCAGUUAAGUGGUUGCGUCUCUAAGCUUUGCAAGGUCAACAUGAGACCCCAACUUUUUGAGCCUCCGAGGAGCUGAAUCCAUCAGUCGUUCAUUUAAACACAACGUAACAUAUCAAUGGUGUUAGUGGGCGAUAGUGUGGCAAGUGAUGAUAUAUUCUUUUGCCAGGUAUUUAGCACCUCCCGUCACAAAGUUGCAAAUUAAAUACAGUGUCAGAGCAGUAGUCAGAAGGGCUAUUCCUCAGGCUGCUAACAUCUUCUUCCUCACUUGAUGAUAGUAAGAGUCCUACGGAGUCAGAUAAUUGAUCAUGUGGGCUUAAAUGGCAUGGGAGCUUCGGGCAUUCUUGCCCCCUCGGGUGGCUUGUUUUUGCUCUUGAAAUCGUCACACAAUUGCUCAAAUGUCACCCACUCGACACCCUCGUGCUCAUUGAUAUGCUCAAUUAUUCUGCCGUCGUUAGUACUCAGCUGCAAGUGCUUCUGAUUAGAAACUGAGCUGCCCC